AUGCUGCACACGAUUGCUCAAGUGUUCUACUGGCGGGGCAUGGAAGCCGACGUGCACAAACUCGUGGACAACUGCAUCGUGUGCUUGAAGGCCAAGCACCCUACGACUCGAUUCGGCAAGUUGCCGCCAAAGUCGGUCGAAGUCCGGCCGUGGUUCGAGAUUGCCGUCGACUCGAUCGGCCCUAUGGAAGCGGCGUACCUGAUGGAUCGGUACUGGUUCGCACGCUACCCUCGCCCCGCACGCUGCAUUCACGACGGCGGCACCAACGCGGUCAUCGAACGCGUGCACCGCGUGAUCGGUGAGAAGAUGCGGACGAAGGACAUCCAGACGCAAGAAGACUGGGCCAACUUCCUGAACAACACGAUGUUAGCCUUGAGGGCCUCCAACCACUCCAUGUUGAAGGCGUCAUCAGUCCAGCUCGCAUUCGGCCGCGACAUGCUUGUGGACGUCGCUCACGCUACUGACUGGACUGCUGAGCAUCGACGCAAGGUGGAGCAGGUGCGCGCACACAACGAGCGCGAGAACCAAGGGCGUGCCAAGUGGACGUACCGCCCUGGAGACCACGUGCUUCUGCACCGUGACGCCGGCGUCCAAGGCAAGAUGCAACCGCUGUUCGACGGCCCGUUCGAAGUCAUCGCGGUGCAAGAACACGGGACGCUCACCCUCGACAAAGGCCGCUACCUGGAGAAGGUGCACAUCCGUCGUGUGCGGCCUUGCAAGGGCAAGCGUGGAGGAGACUGUGAGCAGCCGCAGUGA